AUGGCAACUACAGCUGCGGCAGAAGCAGCCGCCGAGGCCAAAAAUAACUCCAUCUCGGCUGAUGGAAAGUUUGCAGACAUGCAGAAAGAUACCGUCGAAAUCAAUGGUAAACAACAUAUGUCCACCGACUAUGGAAUCAAAAUCUCAGACCCGGAUCACUGGCUCCGUGCUGUGGGCGACUCGAGCACCGGACCAUCACUCCUAGAAGAUCAAAUCGCUCGCGAGAAAAUUAUGCGCUUCGACCACGAGCGUAUCCCCGAGCGAGUUGUACACGCCCGCGGCACAGGUGCAUUCGGAACUUUCAAGUUAUUCGAGAGCGCCGAGGACGUAACGACAGCAGGUGUUUUGACGGAUACAUCUCGCGAGACGCCGCUUUUUGUGCGCUUCUCCACUGUACAGGGGAGUAAGGGCAGUGCGGAUACGGUGCGCGAUGUACGCGGCUUCGCGGUAAAAAUGUAUACGGCUGAGGGGAACUGGGAUAUUGUGGGCAAUAAUAUCCCUGUGUUCUUCAUACAGGAUGCGAUUAAGUUCCCGGAUGUUAUUCACUCUGUUAAGCCAGAGCCGCAUAAUGAAGUUCCCCAGGGCCAGAGUGCGCACAAUAACUUCUGGGAUUUCAUUUACAUGCAUUCCGAGACCACGCAUAUGAACUACUGGCAAAUGUCUGAUCGAGCUAUUCCACGCUCGUACCGCAUGAUGCAGGGCUUCGGUGUCAACACCUACUCUCUCGUUAACAAGGAGGGCAAGCGUCACCUUGUCAAGUUCCACUUCACACCCGAACUUGGUGUCCACUCGCUCGUCUGGGACGAGGCUUUGAAAAUCUGUGGUCAGGAUCCAGAUUUCCAUCGCAAGGACUUAAUGUCCGCCAUUGAAGCAGGCCAGUUUCCUCGUUGGAAGUUCGGUCUACAGCUUCUUCCCGAGGAGAAGCUUGACGAUUUCGACUUCGACCCGCUGGAUGCGACGAAAGUCUGGCCCGAAGAGCUAAUUCCUAUCCGAUAUAUCGGUCAGCUCGAAUUGAACCGCAACGUGGAUGAAUUCUUCCCACAGACCGAGCAAGCCGCCUUCUGCACCAGCCACAUCGUCCCCGGAAUUGACUUCUCCAAUGACCCUCUGUUGCAAGGACGAAACUUUUCGUACUUCGAUACGCAGAUCUCGCGGCUCGGCGCUAAUUGGCAGGAAUUGCCCGUGAACCGGCCCGUCUGUCCGUACAUGAACUUGGUCAAUCGGGACGGGGCCAUGAAACAUCGCAUCUCAAAGGGCACGGUCAAUUACUGGCCCAAUCGUUUCGAAGCGAAUCCGCCCGCUACGCCAGCCCAAGGGGGAUUCACAUCCUACCCAGAGAAGCAGCAGGGCAUCAAGGCGCGCGCUCUGUCAGAGAAGUUCAAAGAGCACUACAACCAAGCCCAAGUCUUCUACAACUCUCUUUCGGAGAUCGAGAAGAUGCAUCUGGCCAAGGCGUUCUCCUUCGAACUAGAUCAUUGCGACGACCCGGUCGUCUACAAGCGUAUGAGCGAACGCAUCGCAGCCAUCAGUCUCGAUCUCGCAAAGACAGUCGCUAAGAACGUAGGCGGCGAGACGCCGACCAAGCAGCUUAGAACAAAUAAUGGCACUAAGGCGAAGGGUCUCAGUCAACUGGAGUAUAUGCCAGAGAAGCCCACCAUCGCGACGCGACGAAUCUCGAUUCUAAUCGCAGACGGCUUCGAUUACAACGCGUACAACGCCAUGAAAACGAGUCUCGAGGCGCAGAAUGCAUUCGUCUUCACCAUCGGUUCCCAGCGCCAGGGCGUCGUUGCUGACUCGGGCGAAACAGUCGUGCCGGAUAAUUGCUUCCCGGGGAUGCGGUCGACGCUGUUCGACGCGGUCUUCGUUCCUGGCGGUAGCCAUGUGGAGACCCUUGCGAAGAAUGGCGUUGCGAAGUUCUGGAUUACUGAGUCCUUUGCUCAUCUGAAGGCUAUUUCUGGCGUUAAUGAGGCUGUGCCGUUUAUUGCGCGCCAGAUUGGGUUGGAUGAGGUGCAGAGUGCGAAGAGUGGGGAGUCUUUGACGGAUUCUUAUGGUGUUGUUACCGGGUAUGGUGAUGCGUCAGGCUUGAAGGUUUCAAAUGUUGGGCCUCAGGCGAAGGGGUUAGCGGAACGCUUUAUUUGGCAUGUCUCGCAGCACCGGAACUGGAACCGUGAGCUGGACGGUUUGGCUGAUCAGAUUGCUGCGUAA